AUGCAGUUUCUGAUCAAGAUUUUUCUAAUCACAGCAUUCUUCACAACACCUUCAUUCCAAAGGAGAAUCCCAUCAUCACCUCUCUUUUUCAGGGAUGACAGAGCUGCCCUUCUUGAGUUCAAGGCCAGCAUUUCGAACGACACAACCGGCAUCCUCUCCACAUGGACCGGCCGCGACUGCUGCAGUGGCGGAUGGCAAGGCGUGGAGUGCUUCGAAGGAAGGGUCACCAAGCUGAUCAUGCAGAGGCCAGCAUCAUCACAAGCCCUCUUCAUGAGGGGCACUCUGUCCCAUUCUCUUAGCAAUCUGCAAUACUUGGAGGUAUUGUUGAUUAGUGGAAUGAAGCAUAUUUCAGGGGGAAUUCCACACAGUUUUGCCAAACUCACACACCUCAAACACCUUGCUCUUGAAGAUAACUCAUUGGAUGGAAUAAUCCCAUCAAGUUUAGGCCUGUUGGAGAAUCUUCAGACAAUGUCAUUGAGUGGGAAUCUUCUGACAGGAAAGAUCCCACCAGCUUUGGGGAAUUUAAGGAAUCUGUUGCAGCUGACUCUAGCAAACAACUCACUCACAGGUUCACUCCCCACAUCUUUUAACUCAUUGAGAAACAUCCAGUUUCUUGAUCUCAGUUUCAAUUCAUUGUCUGGAUCCAUCCCAAAUUUUCUCGGACGCCUCUUGAAUCUCACAUAUCUUGUUCUUACCAGCAACAAGUUUGUGAACCAGAUACCUAUAUCCUUGUUCAACCUCACCAACCUUUCUGACCUUUCAAUUAAUCAAAAUCUACUAACGGGACGAAUCCCAGCUCAAAUUGGGAAUCUUAAGUCCGCUUCAGUAUUGAGACUAAGCUCGAAUAAGCUCACUGGUCCGGUACCGGAUUCCAUUGCACAGCUUCACAGCUUGUGGAAUCUGAAUCUGUCAAGAAACAUGCUCACAGAUCCUCUGCCUAAUAAAGCAUUUGAUGAAGGGCUUCCUUCUCUACUAUCGAUCGAUCUUUCUUACAACGAUCUCAACUUACAAACCGUUCCUGACUGGAUCAGUACAAGACCACUGUACAAUGUCCACCUUGCAGGCUGCAAGAUCAGAGGAGCACUUCCAAAUUUCACAAAUCCAGAAUUUUUAACCACAUUAGACCUUUCACACAACUAUUUCACAAAAGGGAUUUCGAGUUUCAUGGCAAACAUGACAAACUUGGAAAAUGCCAAGAUCUCAAACAACUUACUCACAUCUGAUCUCUCAUCAAUCAAACUCCCGGAUCAGAUCACGGAUCUCGAUCUCCACUCGAACCAGUUGCAUGGCUCACUCUCCAACCUACUCAUCAACAACCAACUACACAGCUUGAAAGUAAUCAACAUAGGAAGCAAUAUGAUUACAGGGCAUAUUCCAAGUUCAGUUUCAAACCUGGCUAAGUUAGAAAGCCUUGACAUCUCAAGAAACCAGAUAUCAGGACGGAUUCCGAGGAGCUUGGGGUUGCUGGAGAGGUUGAGGUGGCUGGACGUGUCGAUGAACAAGCUGACGGGGAGAAUCCCCGAGAGCUUGCUGGGGAUGGAAGAGCUGAAGCAUGGGAGCUUCAGGGUGAAUAGGUUGUGUGGGGAGAUCCCACAAGGAAGGCCUUAUAACAUGUUCCCUGCAGCUGUAUAUGCUCACAAUCUGUGCUUGUGUGCCAAACCACUGCCGCCUUGUAGUAACAAAUACUACUACACACAGCUUCCUUACUAG